GAAUCAGGAAUGUUCGUAUUUACAUUGCACAUUCUACAACCAGGGCCCAGCAAACAAAAGACAACCAGUGAAGCACUUUUUGAAGGGUGCUGGCUGUUUGUGUUGAAAGUUAGCAGCUAAUCUGCACACAGCAAGCUCACUCAAUAAAGUGAGUGGUUUCGAGUUCCGGUAGUGACAAAAAUGGCCCUGACUCAAAUCUCAAGUGCCAAGUGUUUUGAAGGAUAUCAGAAGGUGUAUGAACAUGACAGCUCGGAGUUAAAAUGCAAGAUGCGGUUUGGAAUUUAUCUGCCUCCAAAAGCAGAACGUGUGAAGUGCCCUGUGUUAUACUGGCUUUCAGGGUUAACAUGCACAGAACAAAACUUCAUAACCAAGGCAGGGAGUCAGCAAGCAGCAGCUGAACACGGCAUUGUCAUCGUAGCCCCAGACACCAGUCCCCGUGGCUGUAAUAUUCAAGGUGAGGACGAUAGCUGGGAUUUUGGUACAGGGGCUGGGUUCUACGUCGAUGCCACAGAGGACCCUUGGAAGACAAACUACAAGAUGUACACCUAUAUUAUAGAGGAGUUGCCUCACCUAAUAAAUAACAAUUUCCCUGUUAAUUCUGAGAAAAUGUCCAUCUUUGGCCAUUCAAUGGGUGGUCAUGGAGCUCUCAUUUGUCCUCUGAAAAACCCUGGAAAAUAUAAGUCAGUGUCAGCACUUGCUCCUAUCUGCAACCCUGUGCAGUGCCCUUGGGGCCAGAAAGCAUUCACUGGAUACCUUGGCUCUGAUAAAAGCAAAUGGGAGGCCUAUGAUGCCACUUGCCUGGUGAAAACCUAUUCAGGACCUCUCCUGGAUAUACUUAUUGACCAAGGGAAGGAUGAUCAGUUCCUGGCUGCAGGACAGUUACUCCCUGAUAGCUUCAUCACAGCUUGUACCGACAAGAAGAUACCUGUAGUUUUUCGGCUUCAGGAGGGAUAUGACCAUGGCUACUACUUCAUUGAGACAUUUAUUGCAGACCAUAUCAAGCAUCAUGCAAAGUACUUGAAUGCUUAAGCAUCACCAGCGGUAAUGAUCAUCUCAGCUGUGCCUUUUUAAUCAUGUAGCAGUUGUAGAGCAUAAUCUGAAAAGUUAGCUGUUCCCAUGAUGUCCCAGGAUGAUGAAUACUAUUUCCCUUGUCUACACGUGGUGGCUGGCAGGAUCUGGACAAUUUGUUGGCACACAGUGAUCUGUGCUCAUCUUGAGAAUGAAGCUGUAUACAAAUGAAAUCACUGUACUUGAUUUGUUUUUUGAAAUGCAACAUCAUACCCAUACUAACCCAAUAAAAACAAUCUGUGAGCACAACUUUUAAAUAAAGUCAAUUUAGCAGCA